AUGACUUCGAUCGAGCGUCCGGCCGGCGGCGCGUUGGCGCUGCACUACGCGGCCGCCCGCGGAUGCCUCGACUGUGUGCGCCUGUUGACGGAAGCGGCCCCCGACAUCAGCGCAAACACACAGAUGGAAAACGACGUCACACCGGUGUACCUGGCGGCCCAGGAAGGUCACCUGGAGGUGCUGAAGUUUCUCGUGCUGGAAGCGGGCGGAUCGCUGUACGUUCGAGCCCGCGACGGUAUGGCCGCGAUCCAUGCCGCCUCGCAGAUGGGCUGCCUGGACUGUUUGCGGUGGAUGAUCGAGGACCAAGCGGUGGACCCGAAUUUGCGCGACGGGGACGGUGCGACGCCGCUGCACUUUGCUGCGUCCCGCGGCCACCUGAGCGUGGUGCGCUGGCUACUGAAGCACGGUGCCAAGCUGUCACUGGACAAGUACGGCAAGAGUCCGAUCAACGAUGCGGCCGAGAACCAGCAGGUCGACCUAAAAGUGGAGUACACUGCAGACUACAAGGAGUCCAGAUACCUGCUCCAUCUGGAUUCGUCCCAUGCCCAAACGAUGACUUCGAUCGAGCGUCCGGCCGGCGGCGCGUUGGCGCUGCACUACGCGGCCGCCCGCGGAUGCCUCGACUGUGUGCGCCUGUUGACGGAAGCGGCCCCCGACAUCAGCGCCAACACACAGAUGGAAAACGACGUCACACCGGUGUACCUGGCGGCCCAGGAAGGUCACCUGGAGGUGCUGAAGUUUCUCGUGCUGGAAGCGGGCGGAUCGCUGUACGUUCGAGCCCGCGACGGUAUGGCCGCGAUCCAUGCCGCCUCGCAGAUGGGCUGCCUGGACUGUUUGCGGUGGAUGAUCGAGGACCAAGCGGUGGACCCAAAUUUGCGCGACGGGGACGGUGCGACGCCGCUGCACUUUGCCGCGUCCCGCGGCCACCUGAGCGUGGUGCGCUGGCUACUGAAGCACGGUGCCAAGCUGUCGCUGGACAAGUACGGCAAGAGUCCGAUCAACGAUGCGGCCGAGAACCAGCAGGUCGAGUGUCUGAAUGUCUUGGUCCAGCACGGCAACAUCCUGCAGCAGCAGCAGCAGCAGCAGCAACAGCAGCAGCAGCAGGAGCAAUCCGAAGCAGCCACCGGCGGAGGAGGGCACCCGAAAAGUGGGUCACCCGCGGGUAAGCAGCUACAGGACGCGUACCAGUCACAGGUCAGGGGCAGCUCGCUGCCGAAGCACUCGGGACGGGCGUCCCGCAAGAGCUCGGCCGGUACGUACACCCGGGCCAAGACGACGUCGGCCGCGUCGGUUCACCAGCAGCACGGUUCCAGCACGCUACUGUCGACCAAAUCGUCCACCGGGAGCUCCGACUCGGAACCCUUCUACCUGCACCCACCGACGAUCCGCAAAACGAAGGACGGUCUGUACGCGCGCCAAUCACCGGACGCGUACUACGGUUCGGUUCUGCCCAACGACGGCGUCUACGUGAACCCGAUGCGGCGCGGCUCGUCGACGCCCACGUCCCCGAGCGGCAGCAUUUCGGGCGAGUCGUUCUUCCUGCACGACCCCCAGGACGUGAUCUACAACCGCGUCAAGGACCUGUUCGACACGGACGGUGCGGUCCUGAAGGAGGAGAAGAUCGUCAACAACAACAACCGAGCGCUGGUGCCGGGUGGCGAGGUACACUCGAGCAGCAGCGGUGCCGCCAGUGGUUCCGACGAGGACCUCUCGGUGUCGUCCUCGAACUCGGGUGGUGGCCCGGGCGCCCCGGGACCUGGUGGGGUGGCUGGCGAAGGCGUUGGUGCUGGAACAAGCGGCGGACCGCCGGCGCACGUCGUUGACCUGAUCGGCAAGGCGUCGAGCGUGGGCGGAGGGAGCCACGAACAUGACUACGAGGACAUCUACCUGAUCAGGGAGCAGACACAGUACGCGGCGUGCGCGGAAGUAUCGAACAGCUUGCACGGUGUCGGUCGAAGCCGGUCGCGUGACAGUGGCUCCCACAGCCGGUCCGCCAGCGCUAGCUCGAACCGUAGCGACGUGAUCCUGCAGUUGACCGCCAACAAUCAGCUGCUACCGAAACCCGUCUACAACAACGUGAUGGGCAAGCUGAAGGGCCAGCAGGGAGAGCAGCAGCCCCACAGCCGGAAGGGUUCCGUGUCGGCGCUGGACGCUGGCGGAUCGCUGCUGGACUACUCCGGGACCGGCACGAUGCGCUCGUCGUGCACCACCGACAACGCGUACGAGAGCGUCUGCUCCCCGGAGAGCGUCUACGAGCGGGCGGCCGAGAAGGGGCUGGUGGGGGGCAGCAAAAAGCAGCACCAACAUUCGCAACAUUCACCGUACUCUCUGGCAGCGGCGGCGCCGGGCGAAGCAGCAAGUGGAACAACCGUUAACGCGAAUGGUGCCACUAACGGUAUCGGUGUCCAUGCAGCAGCCGCAGCUGGUGAGGCAAUCAAACGAAACGGACCGCCGCCACCGCCCCAGCCGCCGGUGAGCGGUGAAGAAAAUAAAAAUGCAGGGCCACCACCACCGCCGCUUCCGCCACCGCUGAAAGCCGGUAGCUAUGGGUUCAGCAGUGGCAAUGGCGGGCACCUUGCUUCUUUGGUCCCGAUCAUCAGUUCCUCCGGCGGCGGCGGCGGCUACAGUUACCCGAAGGGCACGCGGGGCGCCAAUGCACUCGACCAGCAGACCGAAGCGGUCGACCAGCAGCAGCAGUACGAUUCCGAUUCCGGGCUCGAGGUGCUGGAGGAGUCUACCCUCAAGCCGUCCGAUCUGAUCCGUGGCAACCACAAUCGGAGCAUGUCCAUCGUUUCCGCAAAUAAGAAAGCUAAGCUGAUUCACGGCAACGGCAGGCUGUGUGGUGCUUCGGCGGCGGCAACGGAAAGCGGUGCACUGGCGGCAGGGCUGCACUGCUCGAAGGUGCCCCGAACUGGCACGGUCUCCUACCGCCACCAACACCACCAAGGCCCGAACCUGGUCAACAAGCAGCUUGUCCUGCCGUUCGUACCACCCAGCUUCCCGAACGGUUCCGGCGACGGUUCGAACCACCUGAUCAAACCGUCCGAGUAUCUGAAGAGUAUCAGUGACAAAAAGUCCAAUGCGGGCUCGCAGAGAUCAUCAGAUACGGAGGAUUAUAUGCCAUUGAACACCACCCUGAUUGUACAGGCGGGUUCGGAGCCACCGAAUCCACCCCCUCCACCACCCGCACCACCGCUCGGGCAAAUCCUUGGCGCCACACUCAGCUCGACCCUGUCUUACCAACAUCAGCAACAGCAACAGCAACAGCACCCUGCUAACGGUAGCAACCGAGCUACGGCAGGCGGUAACGGUGGUGGCAGCGGCGGCAGCAUCGCAACGGAUAAGCCGAACAGUGGCCGGCCGCCGCCUCCACCGCCACCGCAGGACAGCGACAUCCGGAAGCUGCACCAGCCGCUGUCGGCCAUCUCGAUCCAGGACCUGAACAGUGUGCAGCUCCGCCGGACCGACAAGAUGCUCUCGAAGACGUUCUCGGCGCCGACGCGCAGCAUCAGCAUGCAGUGCCUGUCGACGACCAGCGAGCAGUUCCUGUCGCAGAAAACGGAUCUCAUCGCCGAGCUGAAGCUGUCGAAGGACAUUGCGGGCGUGAAAAAGAUGAAGGUCGAGCGGGCGAAGCUGGAGGACCGGCAGGCGACCGAGGUGUACUCGGAGGUGACCCGCCAAUUCACAGCGCAGAAUUACGUUGACCAGGUCCCGGAGCGAGACAACGCCGGCAACAUCAUCCCGGACUGGAAGCGCCAGAUGCUGGCCAAGAAGGCGGCCGAGAAGGCCAAGAAGGAGUUCGAGGAACGGUUGGCCCGGGAGGCGGAGGACCGCCGCCUGUCCGCCAUUCCCAAGUGGAAGCGCGACCUGAUCGCUCGCAAGGAGGAGGCAGAAAGCAAGCUCAGAUCCUCGAUUUACACGCCGAAGGUGGAGGAACCACAGCGCCGGUCGGACACGUGGCGCAACCGGAUCUCGCAGCGCGCCAUGUCCAUCGACAACAUCAGCUCGUUCGGUGCCGGCGACGACCCGGGUUUGCUGCGCUGCACCAAGGAGAACCAGUAUCAUCAGCAGAGCGCCAACAACAACGGCAGUACCCCAGUACCCCACUACAGGACGAGCACGGCACCCGGCAACCGGAACGGAGCAGCGACCACUGGCGGGUGGAGCGCCACAACCAACGGGGGUGUCGAUGGUCGCAACGGUGCCACCAACGGUAACAACAACAACACGGAGCGCCGCUCGAUGGAGAACAUCAGCUACGGUAAGCUGGAAGCGGCCGGGACAGCGCACGGCUACAACCUGUCCGACAUGCCGCCGCCCACGCCCGGCGAGUCGGUGUGCGGCGGUGACGAGGACGACGGCGAACAGAUCAUCCCGUGGCGGGCGCACCUGCGGAAAACGAACAGCCGGCUGUCACUGAUAGGCUGA